UAUGGCGUAUCCGCAGACCUCAUUCAUCUACACCUCCCUCACUCCCGAGACUCUUCUUGGACAGCGCCGACGAGCCGUCGCAGCCAAUACCCUGCAGUACCAGCUCGAUGUUCUCAAGAAGACUGGACGCUACGACGCUUUCAAGUUGAAAUGGCAUCCAGUCUACGACCGCGCGCCAGAAGUGUGGCCCAUACCAGACCAUCUCUUCUGGGACUCUGAUGUCGCAAAGUGGAUAGAGGGCGCUUGUUACUUCCUACAACAAGAAUGUAUGCCAAGUAUUGCCGAUGCAGUGGACGAGCUGGUGGGCAUGAUCAGAUCCGCACAGCAGCCGGAUGGCUACUUGAACAUACACUACACUGUGGUCGACCCGGGCAAUCGCUUCACAAAUCUCAAGGACAUGCACGAACUCUACAACUGCGGGCACUUGAUCGAGGCAGCCCUAGCACACCACGCUCUCUACGACAACGAUCAGCUUCUAGGCCCCAUCUGUUCGUAUGUGGACCUUCUCUGCAAGACUUUUGGACCAGACCCAGAACAAACCCAUGGCUAUCCUGGACAUCCCGAAAUAGAGCUCGCUCUUCUCCGUCUGUAUGAACGUACAGGGGUCCAACGCUAUCUCUCAUUGGCAGGAUACUUUAUCACAGAAAGAGGCAAUGCAACUGGUUGUGAUGGGAGACAUUACUUCGACGCGGAGGCUGAGAAGCGUGGGGCGGACCCAAACAUGAAACCCGCUUUCUAUCCUGAGCCUCGCUCACUAUGGUAUCAUCAAGCACACGUUCCCAUCGCCGAGCAGCAGACUAUAGAGGGCCACUCAGUUCGUGCCAUGUACCUCCUGACCAGUGUUGCGGAUCUUGUACGCAUUGAGCAAGGUCAUUCUGAUCUGCAGGCUGCGACGUACAAGUUGUGGAAUAACAUGGUCAAUCAGAAGAUGUACUCGACUGGUGGUAUCGGUGCUAUCAAGCAGUGGGAGGGCUUUGGUCUGGAUUACUUCCUACCGCAAGGAAGCUCAGAAGGUGGUUGCUACUCGGAAACCUGCGCCGCGAUUGGUGUCAUGAUGCUAGCUCAAAGAUUGCUUCAGGUGCGUUUGUGUCAAACUUGCGCGAAACAGGCGGCUCUUAACCUUGACCAUAGAUUNGAUCUGGACGGAAGAUUUACCGAUAUCAUGGAAUUAUGUUUGUACAACGCCGUCCUGACCGCGAUGUCAACAGACGGCAAGAAGUUCACCUACGUCAAUCAGCUGGCGUCAAGUGACAAGGAUAUUUCCCAACGCGACGACUGGUUUACAGUUGCAUGUUGUCCACCGAACAUGAUGCGCCUGCUAGGAACUAUCGGCGGAUAUAUCUGGUCUUACCAAUCUAUGGCCACAGAGAAGAGGGCGCAAAUCGAUGUACAUCUCUAUAUAGGUGCGAAGCUUGCUUUCGAGUGCGGCGAAAACAUGGUAGCGUUCGAGCAAGAGACCAACUGGCCAUCUUCCGGAGAUGUGAAGCUCAAGCUGCACUCCAGCACGGUCAGAGUUGACCUUCGACUAAGAAUUCCAGGCUGGGCCGAAUCAUGGAAGAUCAUGCCAGAAUGUCCAAAUGCAGUGCUAAAGAAAAAAUAUCUCUCGAUUCCUUCUGACUGGCUGGAACAACACCCAGAAUUCAUCCUCUCGAUACCUCUCAAGGCUCGCAUAUUGGCUUCGCAUCCUCUUACCAACCAGAGUACUGUCACGAUCGCCAGAGGUCCUGUGGUAUACUGUGUUGAAGACUUUGACAAUACUUGGGUUCAAGACCACUUUGCACAUGUGCAAGAUAAGGGUUCAGGAGACUCGUUUGUUGCUCUCACAGUCACGCAAGGCGCUUUCGUCUUGAACACCGACGCAUUCGAAGAGAGUCCAUUCCUACGAGAUAACAGUCUUAGCAAGGGUGAACCACUGCCAAGCCUCGAAUUUGUUCCAUAUUAUUUCCGCGCCAAUCGAGGUGGAAAGGGCCAUAUGCGUGUGGGCCUCAAAAGAGCUAUC